AUGGCACGUGGAGGACAAUACAGCUGGUCGCUGAAAAGGUCCUGGGUGGAUUCUUCCUCACUGCUGGAGUUCCCGCGGGAUAUUCGCGAGCUUGUGGGCUCCUCGUUAGGAAUCACGGAGCCUGCAGACAUAUUCAAUAGUGACUUACCGGAGGAUAUGCUGGUGCCUCAUAGGGGUGUUUCUGGCGAGAAUCCUGUACCGCUGGAUUGUGUUUCCCGAAGUUGUUAGGUUUUCUUUAUCGUGGGGGUUGUGGUUUGGGUGGGAGAGAGGAUGCCAUUGGUUUGAACAGGGACCCAAAGAGGGGACAGUGUUCCAUGCUUAUAGUUGCUGUUGGAAUGUGUCCUGAAGAACUGAAAGAGCGGCUAGAGGAGAGGAUGGAAUGGGUGAGGAGGAAAUGGGUCCGGUUUAAGGUGAGGCAGAUGUAGGAUGAGUUUAAUUCACGGUAUCAGAGGGCUUCUGGACGCUCAGUCCUUAAUUUGUAAUUUUAAACUUUCUCUACUCGUAUGAGCAAGACUAGGGUCGGGCAUUCGGCAAGGUGCAGAAAUGUGAUUUCCUGAUCAGCAUGCAAUACAGUCCGCCAGCCCCCCACACCGACAACACUUCUUACAGACCAGAACAGGACGAAGACUGAGUACAAACCCCCAUCCAUUGCUCUGGCUCCAAAGACAAUCUCCGCUACACAGCCGCCCCAGACUCCACAAUUCCAACAAAAACAGGUUAUCGGACUUAGCCAGCCGGCGCCCCUCCUCCAGGUCGCCCACCCGGUUGUCCCGGGCGCACGGACUGCGGGGCCCCCCAAGAGAUGGAGUCCUACAAAAAGUGCUAAAGCCCAAGAUUCUCGGCAAAGAAAUGUUAUAAUUCCUUGCGAUGAUUCUGGAUUGACUCAAAAUCUAUCACUGUUUUUCCUAGUAGAAUACCAAUUAAAUAUCCGGAUAAGUAGAUAAAAUAGUUUACAGAAUACAUGUCACUGCGCCUCGCGGAGCUCUCUGAAAAUUUUCUAGAAAGGAUUCCCCAACCCCAAGGACUCCCCAGGACUGGGCCCGAGGGGCCUGACCUGUGA